AUGUGGAUGAAAAAAAAACCAGUGACAAAUUUUCGAUCCACCAAAUCAUACCUUGUUGCUCAGCCAGGAUUUAAUCAUUUAAAUUUGAAUUUAAAAAAUAAAGAAAAUAUUGUAGCGUUUCUGAAAAAUAGCAAUACUUUUCAAAAUAAACCUCUUAUUGUUAAAGGAAUAGGCAAGGUAAUUUUGACUAAUAGUUGUUCUCCGGAUUCCUUGUUGACUAUCUUAGCAUGUGCUGCUGCAGAUAGUGAGAUUUUCCACAAGUUUCUUUUAGAAAAAUCAAAAAAAAAAACAAAACCUCGCAAUUUGUUCUACAAAUGA